CCCCACCGCAGUCCCCGGGGCCGGGCCGGGCCGGGCCGGCAGCGGGGCCGCCGGGAGGGCGGCUCCCAGCCCCUCCGCGGGGGUACGCCGGGCCGCGGGCAGCAGGUACAAGCCACCCCGGGCCGAGGCGAGCGGCGCGGCCGGCGCUGGGUUGCGUCGCGCCGGGGUCUGUCGUCGCUUUGAAGCCGGUUUUUAGCGGGCCGUAUCGGAUUCUCAAGAGAGAAGCUGCUCAGUGCUUCCGGAAAAUGGCAGGGAAAAAAGUCCUGAUAGUCUAUGCACAUCAAGAGCCCAAGUCCUUGAAUGGAUCUUUGAAGGGGGUUGCUGUGGAAGAACUGAGCAAGCAGGGCUGUAGUGUCACGGUGUCUGAUUUAUAUGCAAUGCAGUUCGAGCCAAGAGCAACAAGAAAUGACAUUGUUGGUUGCUUGCACAACUCAGAAGAGUUCAAUUAUGGCAUGGAGACAUGGGAAGCUUACAAGAGAGGAGAUUUGUCCAGUGAUCUGAUUGAAGAGCAGAAGAAGGUGCAGGAAGCAGACUUACUGAUUUUUCAGUUUCCCUUGUAUUGGUUCAGCAUGCCAGCAAUCAUGAAGGGCUGGAUGGACAGAGUCUUGGUCCAAGGAUUUGCUCACGAAUUUCCAAACUGUUACGAUUCCGGUUUGCUCAAGAACAAGUUAGCCCUGUUUUCUUUCACCACUGGAGGAAGCAGAGAGAUGUAUGCAAAAGGAGGUAUCAGUGGUGAUAUUCGCUACCUCCUGUGGCCCAUGCAGCAUGGAAUCAUGCACUUUUGUGGUGUCAAAGUUCUUGCACCUCACAUCUGCUUCGCUCCGGAGUAUGUCUCUGAGGAGAAGAGGAAGGAGAUGCUGAUUGCAUGGGCCCAGCGCCUGAAGACUCUUUGGAAGGAAGAACCCAUAAACUGCUCUCCUGAGUGGUAUUUCAAGUAAUCUUCAGUUACCAAACUAUUCAAGAAAGAAGGAAGUGGAUAUGAAAGCAGAAGUUACAACUGUCAAACCAAAUGUUGUUGUAUUGGAUCAAUCACAGAGCUUAGUGGUUUUAACUGUUUGAUGAAGAAUCUCAGACUGACCUAUAUGAUGAAGAUGCACUUCUUGAUGCUAUUUGGCAGACGCAUGCCAGCUCCCAUACACAUGGUAUAUUAAGUGCCUGUAUUACACUGGAUAUUUGUAAGGUAAGUCUAGAAGAGUGGCUGUGCUAGGUCAGAACAAGGAUCCUCCAAGCCCAAGUUUUUGUCUCCCCAGUGGUUAUAGGCCAGGAAGAAUAAGCACUUACCCUGAAUACUGUCCUGGGCUCCAACUAUAUUUAGUCUGGGGGAUUUCCUGAGCUAUAUAUAUUUUCUCUGUAUUUACCAAGCCAAAUAUAUCUCUGCUCUGAUUUUUGUUCAGUCUUCUCUUGAAUUCAUGCCAACUUGAAGCAGCCAGUAUUUUUUGGCAAAGUUCAGCAGGUCAGCUUUUUCCUUUCAUGAGGCAUUGGAGUGGGAGGAUGAAGCACUUGGUUCCCAGUAGCUUUGCUUGAUUCCUCCCAGUGAACAGUAAAUGAUUGGUCCCAUCCAUUCUUUUACAUGGCACUUAGAGUUUUGUAGAUGCACAUCAUCUCCCAUAAAUAAUCUCCUUCCCAGGCCGUGGAGCCCUGUCCUGCUCAGUAGUUCUUCCAAGAGAAGGCACUGGGCUUUGGUCACCCUUGUUGCUCUUCUCUAAACUCAUCCAGUCUCACUAUCGUGUUACCGAGAAGAGGGGACCAGCAGUGCACGCAGAGUAAACUCCAUGACUCUUGGAUUCAAAUUACUUUCUCUGCUCCAUUUCUAAUAAUCUCUGACAUACGAUUUGCUUUCCUUAAUGUUUUCAUGUGCUGUAACUCUACAUCUUGGCCAUCAGUGGUAACAAUCAGCUCAGGGGCCAUUAUUUUAUACAUCAAUUUAGGUGUUUUUUUUUCCCUCACGUGCACUCCUUUACAUAACUUGAAUUUCACUUCCCAUCUCAUUGCCCAGUCACCCAACCAUUUUUCCAGAACUCUUCUCAGCCUGCUUUCCUUGUCCCCCUCCUCUGAGUAGUCUGUAUCACCAGCAAACUUUCUCAACCUCAUUGCUCAUAUCCUUUUCCAGAUAAUUUUCAACAGCUCACAUCCCUGCACUUGUAACUUCCCUGCGUUCUGAGAGCCAACUGUUUACUGUUGCCCUCUUGGCCUAUCUUUAAACAUGUCUCUCUGCUUCUUUCUUAUUCCCUACCUGCUUAGUGUCCUUGAAAAAAAAUUGAUAUGAAACUUUGUCAAAAGCCAUUUUGAAAUGCAAGUAGACUAUACCAGCCAGAUCACUAUUCUCUACAUGCUUUAACUCCUAAAGUAAAUUCUUCAGGAAUAUCAUUCCGAUUUGAAAGCCACUGUAUACAAGGGGUUAUAUGAUAGGGGGAAACUAAGAACCACUAUUAAACUGUAACUUUCCAUGGUCAUUCUCAAUCCUCAUCUGUGGAAUUUAUUCUCAUACAGAAAUUGUUCCACGUGCCUCAUAAUUCUUGUCACUUUUCUUUAUUUCGUGUCUAGCUCUCCUGUACCUGUUCAGAGAAUAGGUAAUCAGAGCUGUGAGCUCUGUCUUGGGUGUGGAUACAUAACAGAUUAAAACACAUUUGCUGAAGGGUGCAGCUCUUGCAGUGCUUUGGAAGCCACUAAACUGAGCAGUGCCAGUGGGUGCCGAGCCAAAAGUCAAUGUCCUUGUCCUGACAUGCUUUCAGUGCCUGCUAUACAACACCCUGUGCAGGGGUGCAUGUAUGUUCUGGCACACACCUUUCAAAAACUCAAGGGAGAAUUUUACAUUUUACCAUGCAGAAAGCCAACAGAGAGCAGUCUGUGGUUAAUAGGGAGGGAAAAAGGAAGUGGCAGUAUUAGUUUCUUAGCAGCACUGGAAAUAUUAGAGCCAUUUUGAUCUAAAGAAUCAUUGCCCUGCUAAAUCACGUUAUGAUAAAAGUCAAAUGUAUUCCUGUCAAAAUAGCAUUGAUUUAAUCAGAAUAAAGCUAGAAUUAGGUGAGUAACUUCUAGCUGCAUUUCAGGCUGGGGAGAAGGGUAUAAGAGCAACAUGCUUUCCUCUUCCAUUUAGUCUGAGGAUUUGAUUUUUGUUGCUGGUGGUCCUCCGCUCCCACACACUUUCAGGCAAUGCUCUGGUCUUUUUCUGUGACAAUUUGUUCCAAAAUCAUAACUGAAUUUCUUCUAUUUGAUGUUCUGAAAUGGCAGGUAAAAUAUGCUUGCAACUUCAAAAAAAACACAGGGAAACAAAUAGGUCCCCAUCUGAACUAUGUUAUCAUGAGGCCUCACAGCCUAGAGAAACCAAGACUGAUUUCUUGCAGUAAGAUGCUUUUAAUCCAGGUUUCAAAAAAAUUAACAUUUAAAGGCAGGUGUAGAUAUCUCUUUCUUUGGUUUAAUAUUUGAUUCCUGGAACUAUGUCACUGAAGUUAGCUGCCUUCUUGCAGAGGAUUAUGCUCUGCAAUAGACAAGUUAUCAAAAGAUUGUGCUGAAGAGAGGAACAGCCAAUAAUAAAUACCAUGCAUAAUUCAUGUACAACUUUUUUUUAAAGAAAAAUCCUACUAUGUUAGUAGAUAUCCUAAAGCCUAAAGAGCCUAUGCUCCACAAAAGAGAUGCAAAAAAUUUGUGUCACAAUGCUUAGUGCAGACUGAUGUAAAACAAAAUUUUAAUGGUAAUAAAUAGUGGUGAAGUUCUUACUUCUCUGAACAGUACACUUUAGCGAAGUAGUGUUUCACAACCAAUUAUUUCCAACCAUCCUAAGAUACUUUAAAAAUCCUUCAGACUCAGCCGUAUUGAUUUAAUGCAGUUUGAAUGCACAGGAACUCUGAUUUCUUUGGAAAACUCAGUAGAGGAGACAGAAGACCAGUUUCUUCCCUAGGAUUGUGCAGCUAAAAUACCCCAUAGCUGUUUCUGAAUUACCAAUUGUUCUUGAUGAAGCGAGAAAGCAUUUUGUUAACAUCAGACAGACAGAAUAAACCAAAACCUAACUGUCUUGCCCAAGUAACAGACUGUCACAGAGAACUGCCACACCUGCAAAUACCAUGUAUUCCAGUAAGAUGUGCAGAGCAAAGGUGAUGUCCUUACAGGAUCUUAAUACGAAGCCAAGGGGAGAUGAAAUCGUCUCAACGUAGUCUACAUGUACACCCUUGUAUUUCUGUCGUCUGUUGCUAGGCCGUACCUCGGCAUCUAGGGGAGACCUCAGAUGGUCAUCUUCUGAACUUCACUGAAAAGUUGUGGCUGCAGUCAGUCAUAAACUACAGCAGUUCCCAAGCUCUUGGGGCAUCCCAUUCUGCCUUUGGACUCCCCGGGGGGAUACAGCCUUUCCCCCCAUACAUCAACACUGUUGGUGGCACAGUGCAGCAGUUUCUCCCACCUCGGCCCUCUGGGGGCUCAGAGAAAUACAAUAGUUUUGUUGCAUUGGUGAGCCAAAGAUACCUUAAACCAUGCUUCUCUCUGUAAAAUCAGCUGUACAACAUAAUAUCCUGACAGCUGUUAGACAGCAGUGGGAUCAAUCAGCUUUGCUUCAGCUUUAGAUUAAAAGUUAGGUUACAGACAAAUAUUUGCUUUGGGUUUUGUCCACUGAUGAUCCCCCUCCCCAGUAAUGCAACAGAACCUGAAAAUUUCACAUACAGCAAUUUCCAUCCUGCUGACAAUAAAAACAGCUACAUGUUACAAAAAAAAAAAAAAGGUAUUUGGAAUUCUAUGUCUUUACAUUUUUUUCUGUCAGUUUUAAUCAGAUGGCUGAGAUUUUUAGCACAAAGUAAGUGAAAGUUUGGUCGAGAUUAGUGAAAGUUUCAGUUAAAGUAAAAAGAGAACUAAUGGGCUUAUUUUCUUUUCAUUAAUACUAAAAUUGAAAACUUCUGCUCACAUAAAUGCAUUAUGAUGAAAAGCAUUAAAACUACUGGCAUUAUCGUCCAGUUCAGGAUAAUUCUGAUUGAGAAGAAAGGAAGAUUAAGAGAUUUCUCCCUAAAUUCAGAUUGCAUUUUUGGAUCAAUGUAUUUUCCCUAUUCAUUUUGAGAAGGAAUGUCAUAAAUGGCAACACUGACCCCUAACCACCAACAAAUAAAUGCUAAUUUCUGUC